UCUAAACUCGAGAUCAGUCAUUUGGAUUCGAUUUUAUUUUUUCCAUUGUGGAUUUCUUCUUCGGAAUAACAACAAAUGCGAAAAUACACUCCCGAUGGGGAAAAUACUAACAACCAAUACUGGAUAACACCAAUUACCUCUAAACUAAAGAAAGGUAUUACAGAACAGCACCAAGAACUAGAUUUGUAUCCUAAUAUAUUUUUAAAAAAAUGACGCCUCAAUUUGGACAAAAUCCUAAACUAUGGGUAUUUGGAAUGAAACUGUAUGAGUUUUGAUUGUCAGUUCUACUCAACAGGGAUAUCAAUUACAUGACCGGAACUCUUCAAAUUUCAGGAUUCAACAUCACUGAAUUGGCAUGCGUAGCAAAAACUGCAUCCACUAAAGACACCACUAUAGCCCACUUAAUUUCGUUUCAUUUUUAAUUCUCCCACACAACAGGUGAAUGGCUGCUGUUUUGCCUGGUGAACUAAUGUAAGCUUUUCUUUAUGCAGUUUCAAAGAUGACUUUUUUAGAAUUUAUCAAUAAGAGCUACAGUGGAAACGAUUCAAGAGACGCGGUCAACCAGUCUUUUUUGCUUAUCUUUUUUGCGAACGACACCAACACCAACUCAACCGAGCUGUCCGUGGACCCUCAGUCAAUUGGUAUCGGGAUCUUUCUUGCUGUUUUUAUCUUAUUUGCGAUCGUGGGGAACAUCUUGGUAAUACUUUCAGUAAUUUGCAACAGACACUUACAAACUGUAACGAAUUAUUUCAUCAUUAACCUGGCCAUUGCAGAUUUACUGCUGAGCACUAUUGUGCUACCCUUCUCUGCCUCUUUGGAAGUCUUGGGGUUUUGGGCAUUCGGCAGGAUUUUCUGCAACAUCUGGGCAGCUGUUGAUGUGCUUUGCUGCACCGCCUCUAUAAUGAGCCUGUGCAUAAUUUCAAUAGACAGAUAUAUAGGAGUAAAAUAUUCUCUGAAAUACCCGACUAUUAUGACUGAGAAGAAAGCGGUGGUGAUCCUCAUUGUGGUCUGGGUGUCGUCUAUGGUUAUCUCAAUCGGACCGCUUUUAGGAUGGAAGGAGCCCCCGCCUUCCGAAGAGAGCAUCUGCAGCAUCACCGAGGAGCCCGGCUAUGCGCUCUUCUCGUCUUUGUUUUCAUUCUACCUGCCGUUGAUGGUCAUCCUGGUGAUGUAUUUCAGGAUCUACGUUGUAGCCAGGAGGACCACCAAAAGCCUGGAGGCAGGGGUAAAAAGGGAAAGGAACAAGUCAAAGGAAGUGGUUCUUCGGAUCCACUGUAGAAGCGUCCUGGAGGAGGCAGCUGCUAGCUCAAAGAAUAAGAACCACCCGUUCCGAAGUUCCCUCUCCUUGCGCCUUGUGAAAUUUUCAAGGGAAAAGAAAGCUGCUAAGACCCUGGCGAUUGUGGUCGGGGUUUUCAUUCUCUGCUGGUUGCCUUUUUUCUUUGUUUUGCCAUUUGGUUCUUUCUUCCCAGCUCUGAAGCCAUCUGGAAUGGUUUUCAAGGUGAUCUUCUGGUUGGGCUACUUCAACAGCUGUGUCAAUCCUAUCAUUUACCCCUGCUUCAGCAAAGAGUUUAAGAGAGCUUUCAUAAGACUUCUCAAGUGUCAGUGCCAGAGGAGGAGACGUCCUUUGUGGAGAUUCUACGACCAAAGGUGGAGAACAUUUGCCAACGGCUCGGGGAGAGGCUCCUAUGGCGACAUCAAGCCCAGAUUCUCCCCCAACGAUUCUUUCUCACUUAAUAACUCUUUCAUGUACAACAGCAAGAGGAGAACUCUUAGCCUUCGAGGGUGGAAGCUCUUCCACCCUUUUCAGAAGUCGUCUUUCCAGCUGAAGGAAAAGAUGAACAACCUCUCGAACAAGAUUAAGAUGGGGCCAAGCAGAAGCAGUGUGCCCAGCCUCAGCAAGGCAGAAAUAGAGUCUGUUUCGAUGGGAAUCUGCAGUGACUUUGCAGAGCAGAAUGACUAUCAAAUAUAUGAUCUAUCUGACUGCUACGGGUUCAAAGAAACUGACAUCUAGGAAGCCAAACCUCCAGCGCUAUGUAUAUAUUUUACAUUUGUGAAAUGAAGAUACAAAACUGAGAAAAACAAACAUGUGGAGAGACACUCAGAGGCACUCAACAACAGUUCAGUCCUUUCCUAGAGGCCUGCAUGGGUUUGGUUUAAACUGGUAGUAAACUACAAAGGUGGACCAGAUUUAAGCACAAACUAGGCUUGAUGUCAAACUUUAACAUUUUAUCAACACAUUACUCGUUUCAUGUAAGAUGUGAGGGAAUUGAGUAUGCUUUUUUCCACUCAAGUUCUUACAUGUUUUUGUGUGUAGAUUUUAACAAACUAAAAUGCAUUCCAGUUUCAUGGAAUACUUGAGGGGGACAAUUGUUUUAUGAAGAGAAUGUACCAAGGUCUUGUGAAUUCUAAAAUAGGUGAACCCCAAACAGAACCAUUAUUGAAGGUUUGGAAGGAGAAAAAGCUAAGAAUGGGUAUGUUUACAAUUACUUUUGGGACCCUUAAUGGAAUAUAGUUAGGGGUUUUAUCGGUUAAAACCGAAAAUCAGAAGCCCUAAAUAUAGUACUGUCAUCACACCUUUGUUUUAGUAUUAUUUUUCUACAUUUUGGAUAUGCAGGUUUAAGGAAUGGUACUCUGUUAUGUGGAUAUUUUAGCUUGAUUAGAUUUGUACCUUUUUAGACAUAACAUUGGGAGCUCACCAUGACGGAGGACUGAACCAGAAAAUGAUACAAAGUGAAUCUAAACAAAAAAAAAAGACAUUACUUCAGAUAAAUCUGAUAUUUCAUACCCAUUCAAAGUUGCGCUUUAAGUGUACUAUAAGCUUACCACCAGUGUCUUGUUAGUGUAUUUUAGUGUAUUAUUUUGGACAAAGUAUACUUGAAGUAUACUACAUUUAUAAGGUUGUGUUUGAGCAGUUAGCAUCCUGCAGGGUACUUUAUUUGAACGUAAUGCAGGGGUUCUUGUAUCCUGAUCAUCAUUCUGGUUUAUUGGGAAAAUCUAGAGCUAUGUAGUUCUUGCCUCUUCCAGCAGGUGUCACUGGUAUGCUGAUGUCUUUUUUCUUUCUUUUGCUCAUAGAUACCAAACUAAAAAAUAUCACACAAAGUGUUUAAAACAAUUAUUUAAUGAAUUGUACCUGUCAGGCAUGCCAUUCACCCUAUAGUUCUUAAAUGUGCAGUUUUGAAAGAAACGCAUAGCAUUGCAAACAUGUACAGAUGAACCUGUUUUAUAUCACCUCGCUUAAUAUAAUGCCCCGUUUAUUAUCACGAUUCUUCAAAAACCACUCGCCAUGCACCAUAGGUUCUUUGAGAAAUUACCUCUCUUAAUAUCACCUCACAAACCCACUUAUUUUCACAUUUUGUGCAGCUUGUCAAAUGCUGCGUGGCUGGUGUUUACUAAGUAACCACAGGAUAUAAUUAAUUUCCAACGCAACUAACAACCAAUAAUCAUCUCGGCUGAUAAACUAACAUUUUGUGCAGCCUGUCAAAUGCUGCUUGGGCGGUCUUAACAGGAUACAGUUCAGUUACAAAACACCAACAUCACCACAUUUUUCUUUUUUAACAUAGUCUUAUACAAAUGCACACAAAAAAAACCAAGUGCAACGUCUAAUUGAUAGCUCUCAUCAGUCGACAGUUCAUUCCUUUUUUAGAUAAUGACGCAAACUGAUUCGUUCCAGUUAAUGAUACAAAAUGUAUUUGUCCUGUAUUAAACUAUAUGCAUUUGUUUAAAUGUAAAGAACAACUAAAUGUACAAUAUUAAAACACUGCUCUAUAAUUCUCCGUUAGUUUUCUUUCUUUUUUUUUCUCACACUCUUAAUGUGCUGUCAUAGGCAAACAUGAAACCCACUUUAUAUCAUGAGCCGCUUUCUAUCACAAAGUAUGCCUGCACAGCAAUCAUGAUAUAAAGCAGGUUCAUCUGUAUUUUCAUUUUGAAACAUGACAUUUGUUACUACAGUAGAUGAAAGAAAAUUCUCAGUUUGUAUGCCUUGCCUUUCAGGAAGUCUGUUACUGCUUCACUUCCUAGGUCAUUUCACCUCAGUAGUGUCUUCUUUGAAGGCACAAAGCACGUCAGUCAUGAGGGGAAGCAGCUGAUUGGUUACUGACAAGAAAGAAGGACCUGAAGGGGUGGGGACCAUUUCAGUCACCAGGUGAAGCCAGGCCUGCAAACAGAGAUGUGUUUAACCAAGUGUAGGUGCAGAUAUAUUGCAAGAUGACAAACACGUGUUUCUAAACGAUGGGGGUGGAAAAUGUAUUACAUUACUCUCUAAGGUAAAAUCACUGCAAGUAAUGUGCUUGAAAUGAGAUAAAGAAUAUUUCUUGACAAGUCACCCAUAUUUAUUUGAUAAACACCAGCUUCAUGUGCCGCUGUCUUUCAAGCAGGUGGCACAUAUAAACUUCAGUUUAACAGCUGGGCCAUGCCAGCGAGGUGUUCUAGCUAAGCUCAGCUGCCAUGUGAAAUGUCAAUUAGAAACUGCAAGCCAGUUGGCUCUGAUUUUGUUGAUGUUACUUCCCGGGGGUGUACUGUGCAAUGCUAUUAGACACAGUUUCUGACUGACCAGCUUCUGACCUGUAUAUAGGAGGGGGGUAUUAAAACCUAAUUCAAAUAACUUAUCAUCAAUAGCAUGGUAAUCUAAUCAAAACCCAUACUGUUCCACAUUCAUCCUGUUCAUUUACCAAAGCAUCAAUUCCACAAAGGUUGAACCUAGGCCAGAAUGUGAUCUCCUUUUCUGACAAACAAAUACUGCAGUAGUCUACGACAAUAAAUGCAGUAUAGUGUGGUAAUUUCAACAGAAUUCAACAGAGAGGCAGAAGUAUUAAUGGCACGGCCUUUGCAAAUGCUCAGUACUUUCUUGUAAGGUUUAUGGUUAAAAGUCAAGUAUUUUGCUUGGUAUCGGUUCGCACCUUGUUUUUUGUUUACAAAACUGUCCCUGUACGUAGGUGUUUAAUAUUUACAUUAUAAAACAUUGACUAUGAUUCAACUAUUUUAUUAUUUAUUGGUGUAUAUUUUUUAUUCCGUUGUCAUGUUAUAUGUUUUUUGGGGGUUUUUUUGUAACCUUUAGUGUGGUUAAGGGGGCAGUAGCUAGGGUUCUGUCCUGCCAAUAAUAUCUGUCAACCUCCCCAUUUAAACCCAAAUCAUGGCCUUAUUGUCUGUUUUGCUUUUUAAUUUCCUCCAUUCUCCUCCACAAUGCUGCUCCACCUCUGCAACCAUCUCCCUCCAGGAAGGGUCUCUGUUUUUACCUGUGCCAGUCUCCCUCUCUGGAGAGCAAAGCUUCUUCCCAGCCUCGGAGCCCAGCAUUUCUGCCUCGACUCCUCAGAGCUGACCCUCUCUGCAUGGUAUUUCUUUUCUCUCUUCCAGCAUUCCAGUCUCCCUGCAAGGUAAUCAAAGCUCUACUUGCCUUAGAAGUCUGACCAAGUCAACCGCCAUCAGUACAGGCAUGGUUGGUCUUCAAGGGCGAGUAGCUUCAUUUCUUCAAUUCGUCCGCUAUUCUAUUGUUGGUUCCCCUUUGGGGAAGUAACGCUUGGUUCCCAGCUUUGGAGGCUGAUCAGUUCAGACUCACCUCACUUCUCUCCUAUUUCAAUUCCUGAGGCUCUUCCUCCAUGCAGCUCUUGCUCCUGCCCCGUGAAUUGUAUUUUAUGCGUGUACAAACCAAACUGUUUUUAUUGUAAAGGUAAUAUAUCCAAUUUAUUUCAACCAUUGAGAUUAAAUAUUACAUUUGUGAAAUAAAAUAAA